GUCUGCAGUACCGGAGAAAGGCAAAUUCACUUUUGGUACUCCUGAAUCCUGAUGGAUUUGGAAUUGUUUUUGUUUGUUAAUAUCUAUUUUAUUAUAAGAUACAGUUCUAGCGGCCAUCGUUGGAGUUUAAAAAGGCUACAGAAACCCCAUUUCAGAACAAUCACGGACACCAUCAAAAUCGAUCAGAGAGUUAAAAGGAGAAAUGGGUUGGAAAGGGAUAUUGGGGUUUGAGUAUGGGAUUGUUCAGGCACCAUUGGGGGCUGAUAUAUCUGGUCCUGAGCUUGUGGCGGCUGUUGCUAAUGCCGGUGGACUUGGAUUUCUCAAGGCUCCUGAUUGGGAGUCGACGGAUUACUUGCGUGGGCUGAUAAGGAAGACACGUGAAUUGACUGACAAGCCAUUUGGGGUUGCUGUUGUUCUGGCAUUUCCCCAUGAAGAUAACAUAAGGACUAUACUGGAGGAAAAGGUUGCAGUUUUGGAAGUGUUUUGGGGAAAGUGUUCGAAGGAGCUUGUACUUCAAGCUCAUCGUGCUGGGGUCAAGAUUGUUCCCCAAGUUGGGGGUGUUGAAGAAGCUAGAGAAGCAAUCAAUGCCGGUGUAGACGCAAUUAUUGUCCAAGGACGUGAGGCUGGAGGGCAUGUAAUUGGUCAGGAGGGUUUGAUUUCAUUGUUGCCAAGGGUCGUUGAUCUUGUCGGAGACCACAACAUACCUGUAAUUGCUGCUGGGGGUAUUGUGGAUGCACGUGGUUAUGUUGCAGCAUUGGCUCUAGGUGCUCAUGGUGUCUGCUUGGGCACAAGGUUCGUUGCUACUGUAGAAAGCCAUGCUCAUCCUUUAUACAAGAGGAAAUUGGUUGAACUGGAGAAAACUGAGUACACAGAUGUAUUUGGCAGGGCAAGGUGGCCUGAUGCUCCACAACGGGCCCUUGCUACUCCUUUCUUCAGCAAUUGGGAAUUGCUUCCUCAUGAAAAUGAGUUGAACCAGCCUGUCAUAGGCCAUUCGACGAUACAUGGACAGGAAAAAGAGAUUCGACGUUUUGCUGGUAACGUUCCAAAUGCAAUAGCAACUGGCGAUGUUGAGAGUAUGGCUAUGUAUGCUGGAGAAGGUGUAGGCCUUAUCAAAGAAAUCAUACCUGCCGGUGAAGUGGUUAGGAGACUUGUUGAAGGGGCUCAGCUUUUGAUCCAGCAAAAAUUCUCAGACAUGUAAAUUGCGGGUGACUUCACACUGUAUAACCCCCAAUGACCACAAUUAUUGCAACCCAAGUUGUGAUCGAUGUGAAGACAUGAUUGGAUUUACUCUGUAAUGUUCUGUGUCUGUUUUUAAUCUUCUGUUUCUAUGUGAGAAUAUUGGUGUGUGGAUUCUUAUUUCAAACAAUGGAACCCAUUAUCAGAAGCUUCUUUCU